CAAGCAAGAAAGUGCAUCUCUCCCGGGUCAUUCGGCCGGCCGCCACUACCACCACCGGGGGCACCAUGGCUUUGAAGGACACGGGCAGCAGCAGCGGCGGAGUAGGCGGCGGAGGCGGCGGCACCAUCCUCCCCAUCAGCGACAUGGUGUCUGCCUCCAGCUCCCCGGGCGGCGGCGGCGUUGGGGUGUCGGCUGCUGCCACGGCUGCUGCCACCAAUGCCACCCCGUUCCCCGAGGUGGUGGAGCUGAACGUGGGCGGCCAGGUGUAUGUGACCAAGCACUCGACUCUGCUCAGCGUCCCGGACAGCGUCCUGGCCACGAUGUUCGCGCCCGCCAGCUCCCGGGGCGCGCGUCGCCGGGCCGAGCUCGCCAGGGACAGCCGCGCGCGCUUCUUCAUCGACCGCGACGGCUUUCUUUUCAGGUACGUGCUGGAUUACCUGCGGGACAAGCAGUUGGCACUCCCGGAGCAUUUCCCCGAGAAGGAGAGGCUGCUCCGAGAGGCCGAGUACUUUCAAUUGGGGGACCUGGUCAAGCUGCUGGCCCCCAAGGUCACCAAGCAGAACUCGCUCAACGACGAGGGCUGCCAGAGCGACCUAGACGACAACGCGUCGCAAGGCAGCAGCGACGCGCUCUUGCUGCGGGGCGCGGCUGCUGCCGCCUCUGCACACCCCUCUGCACCCUCGGGGCCCGGGGCACCGGGGAGCGGAGGCCGGGUACCCUCAGAUAAGCGCUCGGGCUUCCUGACCCUCGGCUACCGCGGCUCCUACACAGCUGUACGGGACAACCAGGCGGAUGCCAAGUUCCGAAGGGUAGCGCGCAUCAUGGUGUGCGGGCGCAUCGCGCUGGCCAAGGAGGUUUUCGGGGACACGCUCAACGAGAGCCGCGAUCCCGAUCGCCCCCCGGAGAAGUACACGUCGCGUUUCUAUCUCAAGUUCACCUACUUGGAGCAGGCUUUCGACCGCCUGUCCGAGGCCGGCUUCCACAUGGUGGCGUGCAACUCCUCCGGCACCGCCGCCUUCGUCAACCAGUACCGCGACGACAAGAUUUGGAGCAGUUACACAGAGUACAUCUUUUUCCGACCACCUCAGAAAACAACAUCACCUAAACAAGAACAUGAAGAUAGGAAACAUGAUAAAGUUGCAGAUAAAGGAAGUGAAAGCGGUACUUCCUGUAAUGAGCUCUCCACGUCUAGUUGUGACAGCCACUCAGAAGCCAGCACUCCCCAGGACAACCCAUCCAAUGCUCAGCAGGCAACAUCUCACCAACCUAACACUUUAACACUGGAUCGUCCUUCCAAAAAAGCACCUGUGCAAUGGAUGCCCCCACCUGACAAACGCAGAAACAGUGAACUCUUUCAGACACUCAUCAGCAAGUCCCGGGAAACCAAUCUUUCCAAAAAGAAAGUCUGCGAAAAGCUAAGCGUGGAAGAAGAGAUGAAAAAGUGCAUUCAGGAUUUUAAAAAAAUCAAUAUUCCUGAUUAUUUUCCAGAGCGCAAACGUCAGUGGCAAUCUGAACUAUUACAAAAGUAUGGGUUAUAGUAAUAAUCAUAUUCCUAAGUAUUUAAAUAACAUGUCAAUGUUUACUACAGUGUCACCACCUGACUAUGUCCUAAUAAUGGUCAGUGUGAUUCUUGCUGCUCUUCUUUCUUUUUGUGAACGGUGGAUGUGGGACAAUAUUUUCUUUGCACUUCUUUCGGUUGUUUUUAGAAAUAUAAUUUUAAAUUGCUGAUUCAAAAUGGUCCAUAUUAUUUGAACAUUUUGCAAGAAUGAAAGUAAAAUGUGCAUGACAGGAAGUCUAGAAUCUUGACUUUUGAACUGUGGUUAACGGAUAUGUUUUUCAUUUUGUAACUCUCUAAAAACAAUCAUCUUAUUACAUCUAUUUAAAGGACAAUAUGGAAGUAACAUCAAGUUCAAUUUUAGAUGAUGGCAUUAGGACCCAAAUCCAAAACUGUUUAAAUGUUAAUGCAAUAAAACAAGUAUUAUUUUUGCAUGAGUACAUUGUUACAAAUAAAUCACAAGAUAUAGGGAAGAUCUAUUUGUGUUGCUUGGGAGGAAAAAUUUAAAAAUAAAACAAAAAAUAUAGACAAAGCCUAUAAAUGUUCCCUGUCUAGAAGAUUGAAUUUUCUUUGUUCUGGAUCUGUGAUUUCUUUGGUAUAUGUAUAUGGUGUUCUGAUGUUAAGAUGGUGUAAAUAUGCCUUAUUGCUGUUGUGUCAUGGCACUGGCAUUCAUCUGUUAAUGUUAGUCAUAAUUAUUUCUAUGGAAUGAGUUGUUACAUCAGGCUGUGAAAAUUGGUGUACUGAUGCUCUUAAAGAUCCUAUUACUAUGCUAUCAAAAAUAAUUAAAGAAAGCAGGACAGAGCUUAUGUAUUUAUUAAAAAAGCAAAA